CGAUAAUAUUGAGGUAAAGUUUAAUCUACAAGUAAAUGAUGUUGAGCUAUAUUCAUCAAUGCAUAAUUUGACUUAAGCUCACUUUGAUCAAAGGCUUCCAUAAUCUAGAAACUUCUGAUUACAACUGAUUUCGGUGAUAUUUAGGCAGGAUGAUAUGAAUGUUAUAAAGCCUUAUGAUUAAAGCCAUAUCUGUACUUCAUAAUUUUAUAUGAAACUAAACUACACUUAUCUCAAUUAGAUUGAAUUUUUGAACUCCUGAUUCAGAUGCACCAGUUGUAGUUUGAACGAAUUCAAAAUUCUCGAGUUUAACUAUUCAUGAUUGAAAAUACAUUACCUAGUGAGUGUAACAGUAAAAGAUAUUUUUAGAGUCAAUUGCGUGAAGCAAUAUUCAUCCGUCAAUGUGAGUGAGAAAUACUGAGUGAAUGUGGCAAUGCAAUACUCAUCAGUGAAUAAAUCUUCCAGUGGGAAUAUGAAGUGAGGAACAGACCAGUAGAUCUACUUACUCAUCAUGCCUUCAUCUUACAGCUUCAAUGUCGAAGGCUCUCAGCCCGAACCAACAUCAACCAGCUAUCGUCCCAAUAAAACUGGUGAGACAGCUUCUUCAGCGCCAUCUUCAUCAGAACCUAAAACUGCGACUGGGAUGUCGAACGGUGUCUCAAACAACAACGAUCUAAACGUCGACAAAGAAGGCGUUCCAGAUAAAGAAAAUUACGAUAAAGCCAUCAAUAAAAUAGCAAAUGACGCGAAGGACAAAAAUGACGCUGACUUGGAUGCCAAAUGGCGAGCCAAUUACGUCGCAACGCCGUACGAUGGACCAUCAAAAAAGCGCUCAGAAGGUACAGAGACGAACGGCCGUCCAAAAGCCAGUAAUGGAAAAACUGAAAGCCUAAAAGAAGACGACGAUUUGGACGCCAGGUGGAAAAUGAAUUAUGUUCCAACUCCUUACGAUAUCAAUAAGGUAGAGGUGCAGGAGGCAACAGAAGAUGCCCCGCCAGUUCGCCGCAUCCCAGCUCGCCCCAAGUGGACCAACAAGACGGAGUUCUUGUUCUCCUGCUUCAGCCUCACCGUCGGCAUGGGCAACGUCGUGCGAUUCCCGUACAUGGCCUACAAUCAUGGAGGAGGAGCAUUCCUGCUUCUGUACGUGAUAUUCCUGACGCUGGUCGGUGUGCCGCUGUUCUUCCUGGAGCUCGGCCUCGGUCAGUACGCGCAGCUCGGACCUCUCAACGUCUUCAAGUGCGUCUCCGCUAUGCAGGGCAUCGGCGUGGCGAUGUCGGUGCUGUCGCUACUGACCGCCGUCUACGCUAAUCAGAUGGUGGCUUACUGCCUCUACUACCUCUUCGCCAGCCUCGCCUACAUCGGCUCCCCUCUGCCCUGGACCAGCUGCGGCCACGCAUGGAACACUCACCACUGCUACGAGAUGGGGGCGCCCCGCUCCCUUAUACUGCUCGGCAACACCACCAUCAUCGCUGCAUCACCACACUCAAAAUUCAAGCAGACGGCGGCGCAGCAGUUUUUCUCGAACCAAGUACUACACAAGCCGGUAUUCAGGGUACCAUCUGAUGAUAUCGGUACCAUACGCUGGGACCUGACCUUGUGCCUGGUGCUGGCCUGGACGUUGGUCUUCCUCGUGGUACUUCGUGGCGUGAAGAGCACCGGUAAAGCUGCCUACGCUCUCGCCAUCAUCCCUGUAGUGGUGCUCUUUAUUCUGAUGAUCAAUGGACUGCUUAUGCAAGGCGCUGACAUUGGCCUACUGUACCUGUUUGCCCCGCGCUGGUCAGAUCUGACCAACUUGACGGUGUGGGCCAAGGCCCUGGAGCAAGUGCUGGUCUCGCUCUCCCUGGCCCAUGGCGGCGUCAUCAUGUACGGCUCUUACAACUCAUUUAGGAACAAAGUGCAUUUGGACGCCGUGGUGAUGUGCGUGGGAGACCUGGUGGUGUCGAUCAUAGCGAGCGUGGCGGUGUUCGCCGUGCUGGGGGCCAUGGCCCACGAGCUGGGCCUCAGAGACGUGGCCAACCUCCCUGACAUGGGUGAGUCCCUGGCCCUGGUAGUGUACCCGAGCGCCAUAGGCAGCGCCCUGCCGGUGCCUCAUCUCUGGGCCGUUCUCUUCUACGUGGCACUCAUCACCCUCGGCCUGGGCUCUUUGGCCGGACACGUGCACGUCGUGGUGGGGGGUAUCCUGGAUACGGUCCCGAGACUACGCGCGUCCGCCAUGACAGUUGCGGGGGGACUGUGCUGCUGCGGCGCCCUGCUGGCUCUGCCGCUCUGUGCUGAGGAGCGAGGUUACUUCCUGCUCAACAUGCUGAGCCAGUACGGGGUGGGUGUGAGCGUGAUGGUUGUGGCAGCGUGCGAGCUGCUCACGCUAAGCUGGUUGUACGGCGUGAGGAGGUUGAGUGAAGACUUCGCCUUCAUGCUGGGCUACAACCCCUCCAUCUUCUGGAAACUCUGCUGGACCUUCCUUUCUCCCGUCACCGUUAUCGUGAUGCUGAUAUUUUCUGUGCUGACCUGGACCGACCCAGCAGCGGCCCUGGAUUCAGACCCCACCUGGGCCACGCCCCUGCGCUGGACCCUGACAGCUGUGUCCAUCGGCUGGAUCCCGGUGGUCUUCAUUUUGAUGGUCUGCAAGCGACUCGUCACC